GGACGGCUUGGAAAGCCUUACCACGCUGUUGACGAAACACAGCUGGAUAUCCUUGGCCAUAGGGUUGAGAAGAAGUCCUGUUCGGUUUUAGAGAGGGUGACGGAGCAAUGUUGGUGUUCUGGUCCCAGGGUGAAGGGCUAUCUUCUGGCAUGUGUUCCUGUCCUCUCCUGGCUGCCGCGAUACUCCAUCAGAGACAACGCCAUUGGAGACCUGGUCUCUGGGAUCAGUGUGGGCAUCAUGCACCUUCCACAAGGUAUGGCCAAUGCCAUGCUGGUAGGAGUUCCACCAGUCUUCGGUCUCUACACCUCCCUCUAUCCUCUGCUCAUCUAUUUCAUCUUUGGCUCCUCCAGACACCUCUCCAUUGGUACUUUCGCUGUCCUGGCCAUCAUGAUUGGGUCUGUGACAACCAACAUGGAGUUGCUUAGCAAUAAUAGUUCGGAGAUCAAGGGUGAUAUGGACGCAGCUAAAGUGGAUAUUGCUGUUCAAGUCAGCUUCCUCUGUGGUCUCAUACAGCUGCUGUUGUAUGCAGUGCGUGGAGGUGGUGUGUGUCGAUGGUUGUCUGAUCCUUUGGUCCAGGGCUACACUACAGCAGCAUGUCUGCAUGUCAUAGCCCUCCAGUUUCCCCUGCUGACAGGGAUACCUGCACAAAGACACAGUGGAUUACUGCCCUCAAUGAAGACUCUAAAGGAUGUUCUGUCUGGGGCGACAGGGGCUAUACCAGGAACUCUGUUGGUGUCUGUUGUUUCCAUGGCGAUACUCAUCGGAGGAAAAAUGCUCAACCAGCGCUUUAAGAACAAGCUUCCUAUUGCCAUACCCUGGGAACUUAUAUUGAUCGUCUUGGGCACCAUUCUGUCAGUGCAGAUUGACCUGGCAGGCCAGCAUAGAGUCCAGGUGGUGGGACACAUUCCCAGUGGCCUGUCCCCCCCUGUCCUUCCCUCUCUCUCCCAGGCCCGGGAGCUGUUCAUGCCCGCUCUGUCUGUGGCUCUGGUAGGCUUCAGUUUCCUUUCCACCAUGGGCAAGGUGUUUGCCCACAAACAUUAUUACUGCGUAGACCCCAGUCAGGAUCUAUUGGCGCUGGGCCUGUGUAACACGGUAGGAGGGGUGUUCCAGUGCUUUGCAGUCAGCUGUUCUUUUUCCCGCAGUAUGGUUCAGGACAGUAUCGGGGUGAAGACCCAGAUGGCGGGUUUAGUGUCAGCUCUUGUGAUUCUAACCAUCCUCUUGAAGAUUGGUCAUCUUUUUGAGCAGCUGCCAAAGGCAAUGCUGGCCGUGAUCAUUGUUGUCAAUCUGCAGGGAAUGAUGGUUCAAGUUAAAGAAGUGUGUGUUCUCUGGAAGUCUGAUAGGCUGGACCUGGUGGUGUGGGUAGCAUCGCUGGUGUUCACCCUGCUCUUCAACCUGGACCUGGGCCUGGCAUUAUCCGUGGCCUUCUCUCUGCUCAUUCUCGUCUACAGAACACAACGUGCCUCCACUGCUGUUUUGGGUCAUAUUCCUGGUACAGACUGUUACAAAGACCUUCGACUCUACACAGAGGCAAAACAGAUUCCUGGUGUGACUGUCGUCUCCUGUUCCUGCUCCAUUGACUUCGCCACCUCUGAACUGAUCUUCAUGGAGAUCAGAGAGACAGUGAAUCGUGAUCAGAAGGAGAAUGCUGCUUUUAUCCAGCCGUCUUACUCCUCCUCUGUUUCCUCCUCCUCUGCCCAGACAGCAGCACACAGACACUGUCUGGUUGUAGAGCUCAGCUCUGUCAACUUCAUGGAUUCGAUGUCCAUGGCAGCACUAUGCAAGCUUGUAGAAGAACUGGAAGUCCAGGGUGUCGGUGUGUUCCUGGCAGCAUGUCCAGAAAGAGUGUCAUCCCAGCUCCAGGCUCAGGGUUGUAUCCCAGACACCCUGCCCAGGUCGGGUCUUUUUCCCACGGUUCACCAUGCUGUCCAGCACUGCCUCAGCACCAUACCUUGUGCUAUGGAGGAGAGUGACCCAGGCAUGAGUGAAUGCUGACCCGACAACCUGCCCGCUGCCUUUGGAUGUUAACUCAUCAAUCACUGGUGAGACCAGGGACCACCGGGACCACUGGGAGCUUGUUCAGAUGUCAGAUCAUCAGAGCUUAAUGUUAACCUUUGUCAAGGAGGUUACUUUUUGGCCCCAUUUUUGUGUCUCUGUCAGUAAGUUAUCUGAGAAAGAUAUCUCACUGACAAUGAUUUGUCAGGACAAUAACAAAGAAACAAAAAAAAGACAGAUGGAUUCUUACUGAAUUCUGUGAGAAGGUGGGCAGAGGAACAACUGAUUAAUCUUGGUGGUAUUUCAAAGCAUUGAACUUUUUUUUGCAAGAGAUUUCCCUGCUGAAGAAAUUACAGAAUAUGUGGAAUCUGUUUGAUUGGAGAGCACUGAUGAUAACACAAUGUAAUUUACAAAACCAUUUUAACCCACUAUAAUCACCUUGACAAUCUAUUAGUAAUACUAUCCAUCCAUCCAUUAUCUGAAUCGCUUAUCCUGCUCUCAGGGUCGCGGGGAUGCUGGAGCCUAUUCCAACAGUCGUUAGGCGGCAGGCGGGGAGACACCCUGGACAGGCCGCCAGGUGCCCCCCCCCACACACACACACAUUCAUACCUAGGGACAAUUUAGUAUGACCAAGUCACCUGACUUACGUGUCUUUGGACUGUGGGAGGAAACUGGAGCCCCGGGAGGAAACCCACGCAGACACGGGGAGAACAUGCAAACUCCACACAGAGGAUGACCCGGGAUGACCCACCAAGCUUGGACUACCCCGGGGCUUGAACCCAGGAACUUUUUGCUGUGAGGUGACCGUGCUAACCACUGCGCCACUGUGCUGCCCUUAGUAAUACUAAUGAUUAAUAAUGCAAAUUUAUUAUUGAGACCAGUUUAUACCACUGUAAUAACUUUGGCAACACUUUCACCUCACUCACACAUUUUCUCUCAUAAAUGUGUGAGUUAAAACUUCUAUUGUGUUUCUCUAGGAAAUGUCUUGGGGUUGGAUACAAUUAGGGGGAACUGUUUAGCCUUGGCAGGUUUUGGCUUUCUGUGUGCUCAUGUGUAAAGGGAGAGAGAUGGAUAGAUAGACAGAGAGUUGGACAGAUAGACAGAGAGAGAGAGAGAAACAGAGGCUUAAAUCUCACCACAGUUCAAUAUCCUCCAUCUCCCCCAUAGUCUCUCUUUCUCCUGCUCUCGCUCUCUCUGUCUCUGUCUCUCUCUGUCUGUCUGUCUGUCUGUCUCUCUCUCUCUCUUUCUCGCUCUCAUUAAGAACUCCUGCUGCUUUAGUUAGGAAAAAAAAACUUUGGAGGAAAGGGAACUGAGGGAUGCAGUUCCCCAAUUCCUCAAAGAAAUCUCUUGGAAAACACAUAAACGUGCUAAAAAUGAACUGGCAGCCACAAAAGGUGAAAUGUUCUAAAUAUUCUGUCUCCAAUCCUACUGCCCACAUUUUGCUAGAGAAUGAUCAGAGAGUCAUCAUGAUGAGUUCUCAACACUUCCCCUGCACCACUGUUUCAUCUCAAAUGGGAGCUGAACAUAUGUAUGUAUGUACGUAUGUAUGUUCGUACAUAUAGCUAUUGGGAGAGAGAGAGAUGUUUAGCCUCUAUUACUCUAGCUAUACUAUUUAUAACCAUAUAUAAUGUGUGAAUAUACAUAUAUAAAUAUCAGUCAAGACAGUGGAUGGCAUGUGUAAGUCCUUAGCCAUGUAUUUUCUUUCACUAAAGCUAUGCAGUAAUGUAGAACUGGACAUGCACACUCAAAAGGACACAGCAAUACAAAUUACUUCAUUAGUUGGCUUAACAAAACAGGGCAACGCCUUACAGUCUUAGUCAAGGCAAAGCAAAACAAUGUUGGAGGCUGUUUAAAUGGAAGUUUGCAGAAUUCUGUGCCCACGUCAUUACUCCAGUCUGUCCCAUGUGUGUGCUGUGCUGAAAGGAUCAGGGGAAUUGUUUCUGUUUUGGAUUAGGUGACAAUGGGGCUGUUGUCUUGGACAAGUGACAGUGACUGUCUAGGUGUGGUUGACAUUACUUUGUCAAAUGUGAGACUGAACCUUCUGAUUUUCAGAAUUUAAAUUCUUUUCACUUCAGAAAUUGAAUACCUGUGGGGCAACCAAAGUUUGACUGGUACAAUCGAAUUCAAGCACAAUAAACCAGCUCAAACUUGGUCUUUAAGUUGGGUGGUCCUGACAGUCAGUGGUGUUACAGGCCUGUAAAAGAUAUUCCACUGACGCACAGUAUAAAUGACAAGAUUAAAUUUAUUUGAAAGUUAAAAAUACAAUAAGUAGCUCAUACAGGAGAAGGUAAAAGAGGGAGCAAAGGAACUGAACAGUCUUAACAAAGUUUCCGCAGAUGAAUUAUUUCUGAGCCUUUUGAAAAAUUUGCAUAUUUGAUGACCUUGUCCUAUACUGUAAGUGCGCUGCCCUUUUAAGAUAGUUGGCAGAGUUUUGACUGUGUGGCGCUGUUUGUCUUAUGUAGAGUUGCUGUAUGAUUUGUACUUGAAGAGCUUUGCAAGCACAGCUGUUGAUCUUUCUCCUCUGUUCAUUUUUCUCCGCCUGAAUCCUAGAUAGCAUAUGUCUGUAAGUAAUCACUGUUAUUUGAUUUGAGUGCUUACAUUUUUGUGGCAGUCACCUAUGAUAGUUAUUUGUAGCAGUUUUUAGUUCAUGUAAAAAAGUUGGCUAUGCUAAUCGUGCUUGCUUGUCUAUGUGAUUUCCAAUGUUAAGUUAACAGUCAUGCUAAUCGCUGUUAACUGUCAUAGCUAAUUAAUGAUGACUUAGUGUUUGUUGGUGUGAGAGCAAGAGGGAAACGCAUAAUUGUGAAUUUGCCUUUUUAUUCUGUAUUUCAGUUUCACAGUGCUUCUGACAGUAAACAUCCUAAACUUAUCUGCUGUCUCCAGGAUGUUUAUUAAGGAACCUGUUAAGCUAUCUGCCAAGCUAUCAAUCAACUGUUGCCACAGGCUUUCAGAGAACAUGUUCUAUUACGGUCCUACUUUCAGGAUAGUGCAAUGCUCUUCCAAUUCAUUUUAUUGUGACGAAUAAACUUUGUCACAUUGUUUACUACACGGCUGUAAUGUAACAAUCAUACACAGUUACAAUGCAACAACCAUCCUGUUGUGUCCUUUGUAACAGAAAAAUGCAGAAGUUCUUUUUUUCUACAUAUUUUUUCUACAGUAUAAGAGGUGUUGUUGGACUUGCAUUGCUUCCCAUAAUAGUUAACCAUUACUUUGAUCUGGUCACCUCAGGGUUAUGGGCCCAGCACUCCUCUGCUGGUACAGUUGACCAUCAAAUCAUUUCACUUGUCACUCAAACCCACAAUCCAUGGCUUAGUAAGGCAGCGCCUUAUCCAUUAGGCCACUUCAGAGGAACAGCUGGUGUGGU